GAGGCCCUCUCUCGUCAAAGCUAAGAGAUUUGGACAAAAAGCCACAUUUCUAUUAUUUCAUGUCGCUUGGCACCCUCCCAGGAACCCUGACACUGAAGCCUGCCCAAACCCACAACGGCUCUGAGCAGCCUUAACUGAAGACCUUCCUACCUGCAAGAAAGUUCUAUGGCUCUCCGCUGCUACCAGGGGGUAGAGAUGAGUCUGAGAAGUAACUGGAAGCCACAGAAAACUGUAUACCCCCAGGAUGGGAGUACAUGAAUAAAGAGCUUGCCCAGUCCAGAAGGAGGCAAGGCUGUGGCUAAAAAUGCAGGCAAACAGGGCCUGAUGAGAAGGCUCCUGGCAGAUGGGCGGAGUCCAAUGAUGGCAUGUGACUAAUAGUUGAGGGCGGGGCCAAAAACUAGGACAGCCUAAAUGACAGAUGAGUGGACUCUAAAGACCAAGGCCAUGGACAUACAAACUGUGAGUACAGCCCUUUCAGAAGAGACUUGCCUAGUGGAUAAAGAGCAGUGUGUAAAAUUAGAGAAGACAGCCAUAAAGAUUCAGUCAUGGUGGCGUGGCAACAUGGUCCGACGAACACUACUGCACGCAGCACUUGGAGCAUGGGCCAUCCAGUGCUGGUGGAGGUCAGUGCAAACCAAGAUGUUGGAGCAAAGGCGGUGCUUGGCACUAAAACUCUACACCUGCCAGGAAUGGGCAGUGGUGACGGUGCAGGCACAUGUCCGCAUGUGGCAGACCCGCAGACGAUUCCUCCAGGCACGCCAAGCUGCCUGCAUCAUCCAGGCUCACUGGCGCUGGCAUGCCAGCCAAACCCGAGGCAUGAUCCGGGGCCACUAUGAGGUCAGAGCCAGCCAGCUGGAGCUUGACAUCGAAAUUCUUAUGACCUAG